CUCUGAAACUUUCAAGAGAAGUAACAUUGAACUCCUGUGUUGUUUACAUUUUCCAUGUGAGUGACAGAAUGGACUGGAUAGUUAGUGCUACGCUAUUCUUGUCAGUGUUUAGUGCAACACUUUGUUUCAAUAUUGAGCCCGUGGCUUGGAGAGCCCUGAGGAGCUCUGCUGCUGGUUUUGGUUACCAGGUGGUUCAAAGACAAUCAGAUCUGCUGGUCAGUGCUCCACUUGAACAGUAUUCACAAAAUGAAAGAGGGAGAAUAUAUAGGUGCACCACAUCUUCCCAAACCUGCCAAGAUAUCCAAUUUGAAGCACCAGGUUUCGCAGUCAACAUGUCGCUUGGUUUGACAAUGAAAAGCGAUCAAAGAGCACAAAACACUGUGGUGUGUGGUCCAACCAUUGCAAAGGACUGCAAAAGCAUCACCAUGUACAACGGGGUGUGCUUUCAGUUGGACCGUUACAAUAGGCUUGGACCACCCGUACCUUCUUCUAUUCAAGGGUGCCCACUGCAAACAGACAUUGCCUUUCUGUUGGAUGGUUCAGGCAGCGUGUCUCAGCCUGAUUUUCAAACAAUGAAGAGAUUUGUGAAAGAGAUAAUUCAAUCAUUUCUCUCAAGUGAAACACAGUUUUCUGUUUCCCAGUUCUCCACUUAUCCAGAGGUUCACUUUAAUUUUAAGAAGUUUUACUCAUCUGAAUCAGUGGAGACUGACAUCGAUAGAAUCAGACAGCUGAGGGGAUCUACUUACACGGCUAAGGCCAUCACACAUGUUGUGAACAACGUUUUCACACCACAAAGUGGUUCCAGACCAAAUGUGAAGAAGGUCUUGAUAGUAAUUACUGAUGGAGAAUCUAAUGAUCGGCAGAAUCUACGAGAUGCAACAAAGCGAGCAGAGAGUAAAAACAUUGUUCGAUUUGCUAUUGGGGUGGGCAGCGCUUUUAGGCUCCCUGAUGCAAGAAAAGAACUGCGCACCAUUGCAUCCACUCCCUCAUAUGUGUUUGAAGUGGAGAACUUCGACGCACUUGAAGUAAUAAGACAGAAUCUGCAGGACAAAAUUUUCUCCAUCGAAGGAUCUCAAAGCAGUGGAGAAUCACUGGAAAUGGAAAUGUCUCAAGAGGGAUUCAGUGCAGUUAUUGUGCCUGAGGGAAUUCAGAUGUCUAUUGUUGGUGCAAACCAGUGGAAGGGAGGCUACGUGCAAUACACAACAGGAGGCCAGAAGGUGAAAACAUAUGAAGAUGUGUCUUUGGAGCCUGACAGUUAUCUUGGUUACUCUAUGGCAGUUGCUAAAACCCAACGUGGCUCUCUGACAGUUGUUGGUGCUCCAAGAUAUAAACACAGAGGAGCUGUGUUUGCUGUUAACAGAGAAAACUUGAAAAACCAAAAGAUUGAGUCCUUUUCGACACAGACUGGUGCAUAUUUCGGGGCAGAGGUGUGUACCAUGGACAUAAAUAAUGAUGACAUCACUGAUCUAAUCUUCAUAUCUGCCCCAAUGUACAUGGAGCCUGAUAGAGAGGGAAGAGUUUAUGUUUGCAGAUUAACUGGUCCGUUUGUGGAGUGUAAUUUUGAUGAUCCAUUAGUACUAAGAGGACGUGCAGCUGUCAAAGGAAGGUUCGGCUCUUCUCUUGCUGUGCUGCCUGAUCUAAACUCAGAUGGAUUCAGGGAUUUGGCAGUUGGAGCACCUUUGGAGAAUAAUGGUGAAGGCAGCAUCUACAUAUUUAAUGGCGAAGGAGGAGGAAGAAUCAGUCCUACUUACUCACAGAGAAUAACUGGCUCUGAGGUCCAGUCAGGACUGAAGUUCUUUGGCCUCACAAUCAGUCAGUCAUCUUUUGAUCAUAGUGGUGAUAGACUGCCUGACUUAGCGGUGGGUUCAAAGGGUAGAGUUGUCUUACUGAGAUCAAGACCUAUAGUAAUGGUAAAAGCUGAGGUGUUAUUCAGCCCAAACCAAAUUCCUACUCAGAAUGUAGACUGCUCAAAACCAUUGGAGAACACAGCUACAGUCUGCUUUACCAUGAGCAGAGUGUCUACAGUCAACACAGCUCAAGCAAGGAUUGAUUACACUUUAACACUGGAUGCUUCUCGCAAAUCUCCAACCAACCGGGCUUACGUCAGUGGGAAACAACAAGAGCAGUCUGGAUCUGUUACUCUUGACUUACAAAACCGACAAUGUUCAACUGUAAAAUUCAUUAUCGAGGCCUGUCCAGAGGAUGCUCUUAAUGUACUUUCCAAUGAGCUCAAAUUCAUAUUUGAUGGGUUGCCAUUAAACAUAAACCUCAGGCCAAGUCUUGCCCCACAGAGUCAAACAGCAACUAUUUUUCCUUUAGGGUUUGAGAUCAACUGUGGUACUGACAACAGAUGUGUUGAUGACCUUAAAGUGGAUUUCGGCUUCACCAGAUCCUCAGUGGUUAAAGUGGGCAUUGAUGAAUUUCUGCAUGUCACAGUCACAGUGGAGAACAGAGGAGAAAACUCCUACAACAGUCGUGUUAUUCUCACGUACCCAGCUGGACUGUCCUACAGGAAGUUCACGAGUCAGCAGGGAAGAAUUGAGUGCAACUCCUUGGACAGUGAAGAUGAUUUAUCCCGGGGAUGGACACACUGCACUAUUGACAAGCCAAUUUUCAAGAGCAAAACUAAGGCUUCCUUCAUUGUCUCCUAUGGGAUUGACACCAACAGUCAAUUUGAGAGGGAGAUCUUUAUCACUGCAAAUGCCACCAGUGGAAAUCAGGAGCAUGCCCCUACAAGUGAACUUUACAAAAGGAAAUCAAUUAAUGUAAAAUACAGCAUUUUUAUGACAUUUGCGAGCUCACUAAGCUACAACAAUUUCACAUUUGGGAAGAAUGAUUUGAAGAAACCAGUCCAACAAUCAGUUAAGGUUUCAAACUAUAUCAGAGCGCUUAAUUUCAUUGUGGUGAUCAAAGUUCCAGUGAAACUUGGUGAAAAAGACAUUUGGGUGGAUUUGAGCAGUCUACAGAUUUCAGAUUGUCAGAGAGGAAAUGAUGAAGAACCAAGUGUCAGAGAUUUUGUUCCAAAAAUACAAAAGAAUAAAGUGGUGGACUGCUCUGUAGCCAGGUGCAGAGUGUUCAAGUGCAACUCAUUCUUGAAAAGACUGCAGAGUAGGACAUACGAAAUCUCUGCCAACAUUAGUUCACAAUGGAUAGAGCAGAUUGGACUGCAAUCUACCAAAUUCCUCUUGACCAGUACAGCCACUGUGGAGUAUGACCAAAGCCAAUACAUCUACUUUUCAACAGUGUCUAACAACAAUCCUCCUGUUCACAAGCUUGAAGCAGUGGUUGAAGUAUAUUCUGAGGCAAAUUUCACCAAAGAGAUCAUUGGAGGAUGUCUGGGAGGGUUGGCUUUUCUGGCUUUACUCACUGCUGGUCUGUAUAAGGCUGGAUUUUUUGAGAGUAAGUACAAGCAGAUGAUAAAUGACAAUGCAGAGGACGGUCCAGAUCCAGGGACUGAUGGAAGUCCAUCCCCGGCAGAAAAAUAAAGAUCACAUUUGUAGUUGCAUGUUUAAACUAUAUGAAAGCUAUAGAUCCUCCUUAUAAUUUUAGAAGUCAACAUUUUGUGUAAAAAUGUCAAUGCUACCACAUUGGAUUAAUUAAACCAAAAACAGCUUGCUA